UCUUGAUUAUGCCCACCAGAUGCCCACAGUUGGGAAAGGUUGUGCCGGACUCAUUCACAACAUUUCCGUAGGGGACCCGAGACUCCGAGCCGAAGAAAAAAGACAAAUGAGAAAGGUCUGACCGGUGGCAGCUUGCUGCGUGCAGCAAAGAUCCAGUUUAACCUCAAAACACUCGGAGAAACAGCCCCACGUCAUGGCCAGCAUUCAGAUCCGGAAGUAUCGAGAUGACGACGCGGAGGCGGUGAGGGAGGUCUUCACCCUGGGCAUGAGCGAGCACGUGCCCUCGUCCUUCAUGCACCUGCUGAAGCAGCCGCUCACCCAGAUGGUGCUGAUGUGUGUGUUCUGCGCUCUGAUGGCCAGCUCCAAGUCCUUCCUGCUGCCCAUCAUGGCUGUCACUCUCGUCCUGGCCGGGGCGAGGCAGUUUGUCACCUACAUGUUCACCAGCUACAUCGACACGUGCCUCAAGAAGGACCUCUGCCACAUCAGGGAGACCUACCUGGAGCAGAAGGACGCGUGCUUCUGGGUGGCCGAAAGUGACGGGCGGGUGGUCGGCACUGUGGCGUGUAUGCCUGCUGAGAAGGUGCCGGGCUGCUUGGAACUGAAGCGCAUGUCUGUACGCCGCACUCACCGCGGGAUGGGCAUCGCCAAGGCUCUGUGCAGGACAGUGGCGGAUUUUACCCGGGACAGGGGUUACGCCGCCGUCAUCCUCUACACCUCUGUAGUGCAGACAGACGCGCAGAACCUGUACGAACACAUGGGCUACGAAAAGAUAAGGGAGUUUGUCGUGCCUGAGCUCGUUGCAAGAAUCACCAACUUCAGCCUGAUCGAGUACAGACUAGAUUUACAGACGGAUACCAAAAAAGACUGAAUGGACAGACGCACACACACACACACACACACAAAGGUUGUUUAACAUUUCUGGUUGGGUGCAUGCCAGGAUUCAUUAAGACUAAGUUCUUGUCACAACAGCCCAGCUUUGAUACUGAUACUGUCCUGGGCUCUUUAACCUGUCGUUUUCCUCUUUCUCUCUCUUUGCCUUGUCUCUCAUAAACCUGACAAAGCAGAAAUUCCUAAAUAAAUAAACAAAUGAAUACAUAAAUGAAUGAAUGAAGGAAUAAGCAUGACAGUACCUACAUAAGGAAUACAAACCGAGUAUAUAGAUGGACAGUUUUUUUCUUGUUUCUUGUCUCCUGAAUGCCAGUUUUCAUACAUAUACAAUAUUUAGGAUUUUUGUUACCUCAUUUAAUCAUCGCCAGUAAUUACAUGUGACACCGGUGCUCGGGUAUUGAUGAAUCUAUUUCUGUAUUGCACCUACAUAAGAAACACAAACACAGAGACCUGCAUGGACAGUUUUCUCUUUUAUGUACAUGCAUAUUGGAUGGGGUAUUAUAACUUUUUUAAAAAAAAAUUUUGUUUAUACCUCAUUUAAUCACCCCGAUAACUGAUUCUGGCCCAUGUUACUCUGUUUUUCUGUAGUUAUGCCACCCAGUUUCUGUUGAUUGAUUGACUUGAACUGAAUUUGUAAGGGACUUGUAAGUCGUUUUAUUCAUACCUGCUGGCUGCUUAGAAUAAACUGUUAGAGCUAUA